GUGACUCUGACGGGUCACAGCAGGAGGGUGACAGCAGCUCGUUUCGGUUUGAAUCUGCAGGUCGUGACGGGCAGCGCCGACAGAACGGUCCGACUGUGGGACCUUCAGAGAGCCUGCUGUGUGCAGGUAGUAGAGGUGCCAUCGUAUUGCAGCGACCUCAUCUGCACUGGGUAUUGCAUCAUCAGCGGACACUACGAUAGCAAGAUCAGAGUUUGGGACACCAGGGCGGUGCGAUGCAUUCAGGAACUUCCCGCCCAUGGGAAAGUCACGUCUCUGGACAUCAGCCCCGACCAUUGCCAUCUGCUCAGCUGUUGCCGUGACGACUGCCUCCAGCUGAUCGACCUGAGGGGGCGGAGCUACGAGCGCGUCUGCUUCAGAGCCGACGGGUUUAAAUGUGGCAGCGACAGCACGAAGGCUGUCAUCAGUCCAGACGGCUGCUUCCUCGCCGCUGGAUCAGCUGACGGUGCAGUUUACAUCUGGAACGUUUCCACCGGCAACCUGGAGACCCGCCUCCCCGACAAACACAGUUCGUCCAUCAGCGCUGUCUCCUGGUCUCCGUCGGGCGAAUACGUCGUCAGCGUGGACCUAAGUCGUCGGGCCGUCCUCUGGAGGGACGUCUGAUAAAAAAGGUCAUCGCAAAACAACGCACCUUAACGAGGAAAAUAAUCUGUCUUUUUUUUCUAAAGGUCACCUAUUAUGCAAAAUCCUCUUCUUCAUGUCUCUUCUACAUCAACAUGUGUACCCUCCCCCCCCCUUAUCACCUGAAUCUCCUCCUAGAGCACCAUUGAGUUAUUUGUAACCAAAUGUCUCUCAGAGGGGCGUGGGGAGGGGCUCCUUAUUUUCAUCUAAAGUAACAGACAGAGAAUCAGCACUUUGGAAACAGGGCUGAAACAGAGGGGAUUAUGGGUAAUGCUGCAAUGAUCUGUUUGGUGUUUCAGCCAAUCAGAGACAGGCUCUGGAUAUAUCUGAGACCUGAUAUAUUGAUGGAAAAGAGUAUAAUAGGGGACCUUUAAGCUGUGUGUUGAUUGGAUAACGGGAUGUGGAACUUCCUGCUUUUGUUGCAUUUUGUGAAAUAACUGAGCAUUAAUACAAACAACAACAAUAAAGGUAAAAUGUUUUUUUUAAAGGGGAUACUACAAGAAGUUUUACCGGGUUUGAAAUGAAAUACCGACGCUGCUAAAUGACGUAGAAACAAACAGCUAAAGAAAAUAUUUAAAAUAAAAUAAUUUCAGUGCUCUCUAUUUUUCUCAUACUGCCUGUGCUGCAGAACCUCUUUUCACCCUCUGUCUGAAACCAGAGCCCAGUCUUCUCUGAUUGGUUAGCUGGCCUGCUCUGUUGUGGUCAACCGAUUGUGAUGUCCUGCCCCCUUAGCCUAUCAUCCACAAUGUGUUGGAGCGCUAGCCAAUAGGAGCGCGAGUGUUCCGUAGUGAUGUCACUAUGUUCUUGAAGUAAAUUACACGGUUUCAGUGACUCUACAGACCGUAAAGUAUUAAUAUAAUUAAUAUAUUUUUUAACGUGUUUAUCAAAGAGGAUGACACAACAGCUGGUGACCGAAUUGCUUUAUUGAGAAAUUGAAAAUACUGUUCAAAAAUUGUAAACGGAUCUCAGAUAAAGAAUAUAAAGAUGUAAAGCAGGGUAACAUAUAAAGAACAUUUUAUUUAUUUAUUUGUUUGAGGGAAUAUUGUUUUGGUUCAUUAUAAAAUAUAUUUCUUUUUUCAUGUUAUUUAUUCUGGGAAUAUUUGUUUGUGUUUGCUCGUUAAUGUUCAGCUUCAGGGAUUUUAAAAGGGAACUUUCAUUUGUUAUGAAUUAGGGAAAAAAGCUCAGAGACAAACUGUCCUGAGCUCAGAGACAAACUGUCCUGAGCUCAGAGACAAGCUGUCCUGAGCUCAGAGACAAACUGUCCUGAGCUCAGAGACAAAGCUGUCCUGAGCUCAGAGACAAACUGUCCUGAGCUCAGAGACAACUGUCCUGAGCUCAGAGACAAGCUGUCCUGAGCUCAGAGACAAACUGUCCUGAGCUCAGAGACAAGCUGUCCUGAGCUCAGAGACAAACUGUCCUGAGCUCAGAGACAAACUGUCCUGAGCUCAGAGACAAACUGUCCUGAGCUCAGAGACAAGCUGUCCUGAGCUCAGAGACAAACUGUCCUGAGCUCAGAGACAAAGCUGUCCUGAGCUCAGAGACAAAACUGUCCUGAGCUCAGAGACAAACUGUCCUGAGCUCAGAGACAAACUGUCCUGAGCUCAGAGACAAGCUGUCCUGAGCUCAGAGACAAACUGUCCUGAGCUCAGAGACAAACUGUCCUGAGCUCAGAGACAAACUGUCCUGAGCUCAGAGACAAACUGUCCUGAGCUCAGAGACAAGCUGUCCUGAGCUCAGAGACAAACUGUCCUGAGCUCAGAGACAAACUGUCCUGAGCUCAGAGACAAACUGCCGGCACAAACAACACAGAUAAAGCUGUGUAUUGUGGGAUGUAAGCAGAUAGGGGUUCAUUCAUGCUUUUGUAACAACAGUAAUAACAGACAGGGGCGGACUGGGACUAAGAAUCAGCCGGGACUCUCGACCGGCCCACUUCGGUACCGCAAGUAAAUACAGCUAGUAAAUUGUCGACGGGGGGUUCUAGUGACUUAUCCAACCGGCCCACAUCUCUCCGUCCGACCGACCCACUUCAGUACCGGCAGCCCAUCGGGAUUCGUCCCGAUGGCCAGUCCGCCACUGAUAACAGCUGGGAUUCACCCCCAAUCUUUCACUCCUGUUCGGAUACUGUUAGCUCUUCCGGCUUAGCGCUAGCAGCGUCUUAUAAGAUAGAGCCCAGUCUCACAAAAAAACAUGUAAUAGCUACGUUUGUCCACAGUGCAAAACGUAGUAUAUUUACAAAUAACCCUCUCUAUAUUUUUGUCCAAUUAAUUUCUAAUGGUCCGUGUCACGUGAUCGCAAACUUUCCCACUGAGAAAAAAAAACAUGGCGGACACCCGAUUUAAUUUUAGUGGAAAAUCCUAAAUUGUCGGAGAGUUUGGCGUUAAAAUGCUUUUUGAUUACAUUUAGCGAGAAGUUUACAGUAUAUUGUACUUUUAUAGUCUACAUCCAGUGGAUGUGUAGAAUCUUUAGUUUGAUAGAUAUUACGAAGAUUAUUUGAGCUCCAUGUGUUUUUUUUUUACAAAAUAUUGUAUCCCUGUCACGUCCUGAGAGGGUUAUUUGUGAAUAUACUACGUGUUGCCCUGUGGACCAACGUAGCUAUUACACGUUUUUUGUGAGACUGGGUUUGAAGAUAAGUUUUAUUUAGGAAGAUUUAGUUUUACAAAAAGCAAAUGUUCAGUUUCUAUAAUAACUCUCACUGCCAGAGGGUAAACAACAAACAGAAAAAUAAUAUUUGUAAAUAUUUGUUCAUCUAGAGCAGUGUUUCUCAAACUUUUUCAUACCAAGGACCACUUAACCAAUAAAAAAACACUCGCGGACCACCUAACUCCACAAAUAUCCAAAAACACAUCGUUUUUUACAAAUCGCCUGAAUAUGGUACAAACAAGUGGCCACAUGUGUGAUGAAGGUGUUUAUCUGGGCUAUAUCAUGCAAUUGGAAGUGAAACUUAAGCUCGCUCCAUUGCGGAGAUAUUCCCGCGAGAGUGCGGAAAACUUAUUUAUUUCAAAUGUGAAAUUUUACCAAUAUACUCACGGACCACUAGGGGGCGCUCACGGACCACCAGUGGUCCGUGGACCACACUUUGAGAAGCACUGAUCUAGAGACAUGAAAGGUCCGUUUACCUCUAUUUAACGUUAGAUACAGGAGGUGUGUGGCGUAGUGGACUAGCGCAUUGGUGUUGGGAUCAGGGGAGCACAGGUUCGAACCCCACCGCAGUCAACAUGUCGUUGUGUCCCUGAGACACUUCACCCCAAAUUAUGUAAGUCGCUUUGGAUAAAAGCGUCUAACAAGUGACAUGUAAUGUAAGAUAGCUAGCUGUCGGCCCAGAUUGACCUUUUUAUCAAUACUGAAUAUGAUUUCCUUAAAAACUGUUUUUCUGAUAUUUUGAGGAUAAAUGAUGGAGUUUGUCUCUGAACUUAUGAAAUAUUAAUACUGAGUGAAGACUGUCUGAUAUAUUUAUAAUGUUUACAUUCUGUAAUAAUUUCUAAUAAAUGCUUUCUAAUAAAAUGCUUUCCCACCUUCA